AAAAAAAAAAAAAAGACAGCAUGACUCAGCCUGCUUCAAUCGGUUCUUGGAGGAGUUUUGCAUAUCCUCCACAACAAUCUGUGUCAUCUGGAGAUGCGUGUUGACUCCUGGCCUACAUUCACUACUGCCAUUUGUUACCGUCAAAAACAGUAUUUCAGCUGCAGCAGCUCUGGAGGGAUUCCUGACAUCUGCACCGUCUUCACCAAGAACCCAGAAACUCAGAGAAGUCUGCUGCUUAAUGAGAGGGUUGUAAACUGGAGGAACCGACUCGUAUUCAGAGGAAGGUGUUUCCACUGCCAAUUUCCAUUCUGGACGAAUCCCACGCGGAGCUCGUCGACACACACUUGCCUUAUGGAGGCAGCUGGAGGCAGCCAGGAGAGCCUCGGCCACGUGAGAGUCUGUAAACGCCAUCUGCCAAACCACUGUGUUUCAGAUGAGAAGGGCCGGCCUGUGUCCUGGAUGCUGUCUAAUGAGCUGUGUGAGCUGAGGAUGGCCUACACCCUACCAGAGUACAGACGGGCCGGCCACCUCCUGGCUCUGUCUCUGGCUCUUAUCCGCAGGAUGGGCUCUGUGGGUCUGCCCGUCUACUGCCACGUCAACCAGCAGAACCAGGCCACCAUUAACGCUGUGACCUUACUCGGCUUCUCUGCUUGUCCCAGUACGGAGAAGAUCUCAGUGCUGCUAAUAUGCAAGGACAGAGUCUGACUGAUGACUAAUGGCAAUAAAGUCUGUUGGAUGAUUGAAACCACACUGGAAAAGUGAUGUUUUAUUGUAAUAGCAAUUGCU